ACGUUCCGAAACAGCGCCGUACAUGUUGUGAGGGCACAAAAUGCAAAAAGCACACAGUCCACGAAGUGACCCAGUACAAAACCUUACCGAGUGGUUAUAGUGGUCGCUCUAAAGAGAUUGUCCUGAGUAUGGAGUGCACAGAAUGCAAAUAUAAGAAACAGCUUCCCAUCAAGCAAUGCAAACACUUCCAGAUGGGAGGCGGGGAAAAUUUCGUUUUUUAA